AGAAGAUAAACAAGAGCAACGUCAACAUUUUGUAGAGGAAGUCCGAUUAGUGUUUUCAGUAUAUGCUAUUAAAGUAACAGACUUUCUGAUAAAAUCAGAGACUUGACAACGAGUGUGGAUUUAAUAUGCUGCCAUCUAUGUGUGAAAAGUUUAGCUCAGCAAAUUGUAAUUUAAUCAUGAGACAUUGCCUCUUAUAGGUAACUACUUCAAUUUGUAGGUCAGUAGCGUAGUUUACAUUACGUGAAAAAGGUGUAACAAAUUUCACAUUGUAUAUUCCUGUUUAUAAUGAUGGGGGAAAUCUUGAGGAGCUAAGGAAAUUGCUGGGGCAAAAUAGCAGUUAUUUUUCUCUAUGGCUUUGGUGAGGUACAAAGUCUAUUUGUAGUUCGAUGUCGCGAAUAGAUGGCGCUAGAGAAGUUCCAGUGUUGCCAUCUGUGAACGUCGAUUGCGAUCUUGACCUCCCGAAUCUUUAUUUCUAUCAGUUGCAUUCCCUGUGGAUCUGACAUGAAUCGUGCCCGUGUGUGUUGAGGUCGAAGAGUAGAUCGGGAUUUGCCCACUUUAUAUCAAAUCCAAAUAAAUGAUUACAUUUUUAUCCUAUUAACCAUCCAAGGAAAUAGAUAUACUUUGAUCCCUGCAUCCUAAAACAUGGCUAUCCCGUCAAGAAUACUCACAAGAUUGUUCGAUGGUUUGAAAGUUGCCAACGCAAUCCGUUUCAACAGUUAUGAAGCGACUAGGAAAAAUCUGAAACUGAACUCGCAAAGUAAGGUUAUCUGCCAAGGAUUUACUGGAAAACAAGGCACUUUUCACAGUAAACAGGCCAUCGAAUAUGGCACAAGAAUGGUUGGGGGCGUUUCUCCAGGCAAAGGGGGCAAGACACAUCUAGAUCUACCUGUCUUCAAUAGUGUUAAGGAGGCAAAGGACGCAACUGGUUGCGAUGCAACAGUCAUUUAUGUCCCUCCGCCUGGAGCUGCAGCUGCAAUCCUUGAAGCCAUCGACGCCGAGGUGCCCCUGAUCGUCUGUAUAACAGAAGGUAUCCCUCAACAUGACAUGGUGCGUGUCAAACAUAAACUAAUCAGGCAAAAUAAGUCCAGACUUAUCGGUCCUAACUGCCCUGGAAUCAUAGCUCCCGAGCAAUGCAAGAUCGGUAUUAUGCCGGGGCAUAUUCACCAGAAAGGCAUCGUAGGGGUAGUUUCCAGGUCUGGAACCCUGACAUACGAGGCGGUGCACCAAACUACACAAGUAGGCCUUGGCCAGACGCUCUGUGUUGGUAUUGGAGGAGACCCGUUCAACGGAACCGAUUUCAUCGACUGCCUUGAGGUAUUUUUGAAUGACUCUGACACCAAAGGUAUUAUUCUCAUUGGAGAGAUUGGCGGUGUAGCUGAAGAAAAUGCUGCGGAAUAUCUUAUGAAGCACAACUCCGGUCCUAACAAAAAGCCAGUAGUUUCAUUCAUCGCUGGUCUGUCAGCUCCUCCAGGACGUCGUAUGGGUCAUGCUGGUGCUAUCAUAUCAGGAGGUAAAGGAGGGGCUCAGGAUAAGAUAAAUGCCCUCGAAAAGGCUGGUGUUAUUGUAACGAAGUCUCCCGCUCAGAUGGGUACCGAGUUGCUGAAGGAGAUGCGUCGUUUAAACCUUGCUUAAGGGGUUAACUAAUUUAUAAUUCGAGAUAAGAAGAGGCAAAUAUACACGUCGCCAAUGAAUAGUGGAAUUUCGCCUUUGAAUGUUGAAAUAUUUAAGUUGCUUUACGUAUAUCUAUAUGUAUAUUCCAAAAUUUUUCUUGUUAGUAAAAUUUUGUUUUCUUAUC